AUGGCUGAACAAAUUCCAACCAAGAUUUGGGUCAUGAGACCCAAGGCGUCGGCUACUCAGAUCCGCAUCCGCCCCGGCGACCUUGUUGACGAUGUGCGCGACGAGAUUUUGCGCAAGUAUGGCAACUCGUUGGGCAAGACUUUCGAUUCACCCGACCUCACUCUUCGCAUCCAGGUCGGCGAGGAGACGCAAAAUAACCAACGCAGUCGAACCCUGGGCCCCGAGGAAGACAUGGUCAAAACCCUCAACGCAUACUACCCCUCAGGCCAGACCGUCAAGGACGCUCUCGUCAUUGAAAUUCCCCGGACCUCGACGACGCCCAAGCCGUCUCCGCGCGUUCCUCUUCCCCAUUCAGGCUCUGCGUCGGCUGCCUACUAUGGCGGCGAUGAUGGGCGCCCAUCUGAGACGGGCGAAGGCUACUUUCCCCCCGUAGGUGGAAACACGUCGUCACCUCGCCUUGCCAUGUCUGUUCCCGCGCAAGCUAACGGAGCCAUGCCCCAUUCUAUGACCGUCAUCAACUCGGGCCACCUUCCUCCCAUUCCUCCCCUUCCUUCUCCCGGCGGCAACAGACCCCGUGGGCACAGGGACCGUGAUCAGCGUCACGACCGCCAAGACUACUCGCGAACUGGAAGAACUCAUACGCCUUCGCCGAACCUGCAUAAUGGAGGAGGGAGUGGUGCUGGAGGUGGCGGCGGCAGCAGCGCCAUACCAAACUCGGCGUCUUCAACUGCUGCCAAUGCUCAUGGUGCAACGCAUUAUCGCUCGCGGCACUCACAUUCGCGAACGCACUCGAGCUCUUCAGAGCACAUUGUGACGCACUCGGGCGCCAUGGCCAAGUCACCGGGCCAUGAAAUGACGUCGUCAGCUCGCAUGGGCACUCCCCCUCCCCAGCGGCUGUCGUCUCCUCGCUUGCCCAGCUCACGACCCAAGAAGAGCAAGAGGAGCUCGCAGCAACAGCAGCAACAGCAAGAGUACCACCACACCCCCUCGCCAUCCAUUCUUACUGCCACUGUGCCUCCGAUCAACGUACUCAUUGUUGAAGAUAACCCAAUCAACCUGAAACUGCUCGAGGCCUUUGUUAAGCGUCUCAAGGUCCGAUGGUCAACGGCCAUGAACGGUCGAGAUGCCGUCAAGAAAUGGAGAAACGGUGGCUUCCACUUGGUCCUCAUGGACAUUCAGCUACCUGGUAUGAACGGACUGGAGGCCACGAGAGAGAUUCGCCGGCUGGAAAGGAUCAAUAACAUUGGUGUCUUCUCUACCGCACCCACCGGUAUUCCCGAGACCACACAGGCCGAAGAGCUCACCGAGCAAGAUCGCCUCGAGGGCAUUGGCCAGUUCAAGAGUCCCGUUAUCAUCGUUGCCCUCACGGCCAGCUCUCUCCAGAGCGACCGACACGAGGCUCUUGCCUCGGGCUGCAACGAUUUUCUGACAAAGCCUGUCAACUUUGUCUGGCUGGAGCGUAAGGUGAUGGAGUGGGGCUGUAUGCAGGCACUCAUCGACUUUGAAGGUUGGCGCAAGUGGAAGGACCUCUCAGCCAAGGCCGAAGCGAUUGAGGCUGCCACCCAGCGAGCAAAAGCACAAGCUUAUAAAAACAAGACAAAAAAGAACCGGCCGAUCAUGUCGGCGUCAUAA